AUGUCAUCACUUCAAUAUGCUUACGAACAGCAACAAUUGGAUUUUCUUCACAUCUGCAGUAUGGGUGAUGAAACUAGAGUCAGAGAUGCGCUGCUCAGUGGAAGAGUUGACAUAAAUUAUCGGCACAAGUCGAAUGGCUGGUGUGCCCAGAAGACAAAGAAGAAUUGCGAACAGUUCUCCAACUGGGAGAAGAGCGAGAAAAUAUGGUGCAGAGUGAGUUAUUUUUACUUUUCGCCACCUCCUAACCCAACCAAAGUUUCAGAUAGUGCUUCCCGUAGAACAUCGGAUGCUAGUGAUCAAGCGUCACCAGGAUUCAUUCCAAACUAUGUCCGUCAUCCUCCAUUCCCUUAUGCCAUGAAGAACUCGUUCGAUAACUUUUCAUCACCCCCAGCGACUUCUGGAUCAAAUGGAUCUGGAUCGCCUGGACCACUCAAUUCACCAACUUAUUCAUACGGAAGACGGGAUUCGUUCAAUAAAACCCGGUUUUUGCUUGUGAGAACAAGUGUGGAAAAAGGAAAAGAGACGUAUAAACGAGUCACUCUGCCAGGAGGAUCAGAUGUCGAACGAUUGAAGACUACGAUCGAAAAAGCAUGCAAAGGGAGAGCUGUAGAUAUGAUAUUCACACUUCCAGAAAACGAUUUAGUAGAAACGAUCGAGCAGAUUCAUCAGUUCAAAGAUUGUCAGAAAAUAGAUGUGAUCUUCAAGGAUGCGGAAAAAGAAGCAACGCCAGAAGUGGUAAGCUUUAGAAGAGAAAUGCCGCCAGCCACCGCCCGUGUUUCACUCUCCCCUUUUGCUCUGCGCUCUAUGUUUAUCACUUCUUGCGCACAUGGUCAUCUGUCUCUUCUUCAACUUCAGCGUCGUUGCUCAUCCUUAUUGUUGUGA